AAGAAGAAAAAAAAAAAAAAAAACACGGUGUAUUUGAGGAAAGAGAACAAAGAAAUCAUUGCAUAUAAAGAAGUGCAUGCAGUCUCCGCAGCAGCAGUCGUCCACAGGCAUCGCGCGAGCUUGCACCGCAACGUUCUCAGGCACUUCACUUCCAGCAGCGGAGCUCCAGGAUACAGGAGGAGGAUGCGAGUCUCCGGGCUUCUGUCAGGCGCUUUUGCUCUGCAUGUGCUCCUGACCGCGAGAUGCAUGCCUUUGCAUGAGGGACGAGGACUCAUGAAGCACAAAGAGCCUCCGGGUUUGUCACAGAUUCCUCAUUCCCUCUCUGAAAAGUGGAGAGACAGGGUCCCCCAUCCUCAGGACACAUUCAAACCUCAAGCACUGUCAAAAGAUGAGCCACAGCUCAGCACCCAACUCAGGAACAGCUCCGGGGGUGCAGGUCCACUGCGCUGUGGCGUCCCAGACUACCCCGACCAGAGAGAGGUGCAUCUCAGCAGGCACCCCCGACAGAAACGCUUUGUGAUUUUUGGAGGACGCUGGCCAAAAACUGACCUCACUUACAAAAUCCAGCGCUUCCCGUGGCAGAUGAAUGAGGAUAAAGUGAGGCGGGUUUUACGGGAAGCUCUCAAGAUUUGGCGUGACGUCACGCCCCUCACCUUUACUGAGGUCAUCGACCAAGAGGCCGACAUAGUCAUUGACUUCGCAAGGUACUGGCAUGGUGAUAAUUUGCCCUUCGAUGGCCCUGGUGGGAUCCUGGCUCAUGCUUUUUUCCCAAGGACACACCGGGAGGGAGACAUUCAUUUUGAUUAUGAUGAGUCCUGGACGGUGGGCAAUGAACUUGGAACUGAUCUUCUUCAGGUGGCAGCACAUGAGUUCGGUCAUGUCCUGGGUCUACAGCAUUCUCUGGAGCCUGGAGCCAUAAUGUCCCCAUUUUACAGCUUCUCUUAUCCUCUCCAGCUCAGUGAGGAUGACAAGAAAGGGAUUCAAUACCUCUACGGCCCCCGGUCGCAAGCCCCGCUCCAAAUCCCUACAGAAACCAAUGAGAUUAUCACCACUGCACCUGACGCUUGUUACACAGACUUCGAUGCUGUGUCUGUAAUCCGUGGGGAAUUGUUCUUCUUCAAGGCCAGCUAUGCCUGGCGCAUCAGGGAGGGCCGUCUGCAGGCGGGAUACCCUGCCCUGGCCUCUCGACACUGGAGGGGCAUUCCAGAGAAAAUAGGCGCUGCCUAUGAAGACAAAAAGGGCAAUAUCUGGUUCUUUGAAGGUUCCAAUUACUGGGUGUUUGAUGCAGAACACAAGAUAAAAGGACCGGACCCGCUGCAGACUAUAGGUCUUCCUGUCAUGGACCUUCAGGCUGCGCUGCACUUAAAGGAGCACCACGGCCAUCAUACAUACUUCUUCAAAUCAGGAAACUACUGGCGUUUGGACUCUCAAGAGAACAGAGUGGACACGGCCUUCCCACGCAGCAUCCAGCAGGACUGGUGGGGCAUCCCUGAUGAGAUUGAUGCUGCCUUCCAGGAUGCGCACGGCUUUGUCGUCUUCAUCAGUCGCCGACAGUACUGGAAGUUUGACCCAGUUCAGCGUAAGGUUUUGGAAGGUUACCCACGCUACGUUGGUGCAGACUUCUUUGGAUUGACCAUACGGAUACAUAGUGAAAGUGUGCAGAAGAGUUUAUUAAUACGCCGGAGAAAAAUCAUGGCAAACAGCGUCACUCAAGAGUACAUGCAGAUCCCAGCCGUCACGCGAGCAUAUACUACUGCGUGCGUCCUGACAACCGCAGCUGUGCAAUUGGAGUUUAUCACACCGUUUCAACUCUAUUUUAAUCCUGAUUUGAUAUUAAAGAAAUACCAGGUAUGGCGACUGAUCACAAACUUCUUGUUUUUUGGACCUCUUGGAUUCAGCUUCUUGUUCAAUAUGAUUUUUCUAUAUCGUUACUGUCGAAUGCUGGAGGAAGGCUCUUUCCGCGGUCGAACGGCAGAUUUUGUCUAUAUGUUCCUGUUCGGUGGUGUUCUUAUGACUCUCUUUGGUCUAUUUGCCAACCUGUUCUUUUUAGGACAGGCUUUUACUAUAAUGCUGGUUUAUGUCUGGAGUAGAAGGAACCCUUAUGUCCGCAUGAACUUCUUUGGCCUGCUCAACUUCCAGGCCCCAUUCCUUCCCUGGGUGCUCAUGGGAUUCUCACUGUUACUGGGCAACUCCAUUGUUAUUGAUCUCCUGGGGAUCGGUGUAGGACACAUCUAUUACUUCCUAGAAGAUGUAUUUCCUAACCAGCCUGGAGGCAGAAAGCUUCUUGCCACUCCUGGAAUUUUUCGAGUUUUGUUCGACACACCUCAAGAAGAUCCGAAUUACACCCCUCUUCCGGAAGAUCAGAGUGGGAUAUCCUGGAAUGGACAAGGUGUAGAAGAUGCCGACCAAGGUCAAAAUGAUGAGGAUCUUCAAGGAGAAGAAAACUGAAGGUUUCAACACCACAAAGACAGCAAUAAAUCUUGUCAUGCUUUUAAAGUCCUCCUUGUUUUAGUUGGGGAAGUUUAUGUCUGCAUGUCAAGUUCUGACUGUGUAAUGGAAGAUACUCCUUGAUAAAGGAGUCCACUGUGGAUCUAGGAAAGUUGGAGACUAUGGCCACCUUAGUGCCUUUGUGUACAAAAUAAAUAGAUCCAAAUUUUGCAUUCAGUGCCAUGCACAUCACAAACAGUUUUCCUUUGUUAUUUUGUUCUGAAGGAACAAUGCUUUUCUGUUUUACUUCACACCACAUGGUUUGAAACAAUUGCUCUUUUCUCAACAACUUCUAUUUAAUGAAUAUUACAAAGCAGUGGUGGCUGGCAGGAUUGGAGUUGAAAGAGAAGCCAUUCAAUCUCUCAUAAUAUAAUCCAUCAUUUUAGAGGGGGUGUGAACUCCACAGGAGGGUAUUUUCUUGGGUACAAUACUGUGGCAUAUUUCUUUUCCCACAACACAGUCAGCGGCGAGGCAGGUGGACACAUUCACAAAUGUGCCGACUAUCUGAAAUGCCAAAUUGAACUGCAGACUCCGCAUUUUCAGGCCGUUGGCCUUUUGUUAGCACCAUUGCAAAAAAACAAAAAGCUUUUAUGUAGCGAAACUGAAAGAUGGAUUGUCUGGAAGAAUUUGUGCUCCACAAAAAGAUAAAAUUUCCUAAAAACCA